AUGGAUACGUUCUGUUCGUUUUCAGUUGAAUUAACAUUACCCACUAUUCAAUCCACCAUACCACUGAGAGUUGCUGAUAUUGAUACUACCACCUCUAGUAACAAUAGCAAUAGUAGAACUAAUAUUUGGUUAUAUUUCAAAGCAACAAAAGAUUGGUUUGUGUAUAAUAAGCAAACUGAAACACUAGAAUCUUACUCUCCUCAAUUUAUUUAUAACCAACUCGAAUCUAUGGAACUUGGACACAAUGGUACGAUUUUGAAUGAUUGCUCUGUAGCUAUAUUUUUUACUGGAAGUACUACGACGACAGUCGAACGCGAGAUGUUAAUUGAAGCCGGUAAAUUAUCUCAAUUGUUGAUGGAUGAAGGAAUCAAAACAACAUAUGAUAUUGGUAUCUGUCCAAUUGGAACUGGUUAUUUUAUAGAGCAUGUUAAUAAAUCGUUUUCAUUAUUGACGCCACCAUUAUCGCUACAACAGCAGCAAGAGCCACAACAAGUUCUACAUACACUUUUACUUGGUAGAGUAAGCAUGAAACAGAAAUAUGAUCGUAAUCCAUCGGAAAUAAACAGGCUGAAGGAAAGACAACUCCUGCAUAAAUAUCUAUCAGCAUUUUUACCUGAUUACAUGAUACCGAAACACUUUCUUCUAAUUGAAAUAGCGCCAUUGAAUCCAAAUGGAAAAGUGGAUCGUAAACAACUGGCUGAGAUAUUUAAAAGUCAAUAUACAGAGAACAAGGGUUCAGCUCAUGAUGAACAGGAACAAUUCAUGGAACCAAGAACACUUUUAGAAAGAAAAGUGUAUCAGAUUUGGCAAGGUGUGCUAAGGCCUGCAUCGUUUGCUCAGGAGCGAAUUUGGUAUGACACUAAAAUUCGAUUCAAUGAAGAGGAUUAUCAAACUGCAAUAUAUAAUGAACUACUUGUGAUACAAGUAGAAACAGGCAAUGUCUCAAUUAAUCGUUUAAAAUGUGCAAUUAAUGAAGUAAUUCGCAAACAUACUGUAUUACGGACGGCGAUCAUGUAUGAUCCUAACGAAGAACGCUUGAAACAGUACAUUAAACCGAUGCCGUCUCUACCAACAACAUCUACUGAUUUAUUUUCAUUUGAUGUGACGCAUACUUCAUCAGAUGAAAAAGAAAUCAAUCACAUUUUGGCAGAAGAGCAAACAAAUAUUUCAUCACUCAGCGUACUCGAUGGUAUUCUUUUACGCUGCCAUCUCAUUCGAGUACACGAGAACUCAUCGGCUUUCAAAAAUGAACCAAAUGUUGAAUCCAUUUCAGAUAUCUUGAGAAUAAACGAUAUAAUUCUAUUUAUUUUUCAUCAUGUAGCUUUUGAUGCUAGCUCAGCUGAAAUAUUCUUAAACGAUCUUUAUCUAGCCUAUGAAUUAGAUGGUCAGUAUCUCUCUCCUCUGGCUCUACAAUAUAUUGAUUUUUCGCAAUAUGAACGUGAUCUUGACAUGUCUGUUUCAAAAGAUUAUUGGAGAAGACAGAUGUUAAAUAUUAAAAACAUAAAUCCAAUUGAAUUACCUUAUGAUCACAAGCAUGAACUUCAGCGAACCCGAACCGGCAAAGGUUCUUCUGUUCAAAUCAAUCUGCAAUCAACAUUAAUUAAUCAAAUGUUGCGCUAUGCUGAAGAAAGAAAAGUAACACUGUUUCAACUUAUUCUAGCCAUUUACUACGCUUAUCUAUCGAAAUUAAUCGGUGCCAAUCACAUUUGUGUGGGUGGAGUUACUGCAAAUCGUUAUAAACCUGAAUUACAGUCAUUGAUAGGAAUGUUUGUUAAUACAAUACCAUAUUGUUUAAAAUUUGAGCCAUCUUCGAUGUCAUUUGAUAACCUGCUCAGUGAAGUACAACAAUUGUGUUUUGAUACAAUACCACAUACACAUUUUCCUUACCAAGAAAUCAGCCGUUUAUAUAGCCAACAACAAACAGAAGAUAAACAAAGCAAUACACUAAAUGAAUUGAUACAAUCAUUUCUUCAAGUUGAACAUGCAGGCAUACCGAAACACCAAAAUGGUGCUUGGUGGACGAGCAAAUCGAUACAAACAGAAGCUUUGAAAGGAAAAGAGAUAGCAACUGCAGUAACCAAAUUCAAUUUAAAUUUGAGAGCGGAAUACAAUGCUACAAAACAUCUUUCGAUGAACUUUCUGUAUUCUACAGACUUGUUCGAACACAGUACAAUACAAAUUAUGUCUGAACGUUUUCAUUUGCUCAUACAACAGUUAUUUUCUACUACAUUCAAUAGAGAAAAACAGCCAAUCUGUGAAUUAUCAAUCCUCUUACCAAAUGAAAUAAAAAUGUUAAAAGAAUUAAAUGAUACACAUGUCAAUUUAAGUGGCCGUAAUCUAAAACCAAUAAACGAGCAAUUCUUUGAUCGUACUAAUGAAUAUUUGCAAAAGCUUGCCGUUAUCUUGGAUGAGCAGUCUCUUACAUAUGGAGAAAUUUUGUACUUUGUACAACAGCUGUCCUCGUAUCUUAUCGUUGAAUGCGAUGUGAAAGUUGGAGAUAUAAUCUGUCAAUGUGUUGAAAGAUCGAUUGAAAUGGUUCUUGGUAUUCUAUCCAUCCUAGUGUGUGGAGCUAUCUACUGUCCGCUGAAUCCACAGGAUCCUAUAAACCGUGUUUCCCUGCUAAUGAACGAAGUAGAAGCUAAAUUAUUACUUUUACAUCAGAAAACAAGCGAUUUAUUUGUUAACUCUGAUCAGCAAUGUAUUACUUUACUCAAUAUAGAAACUAUUAUUUCAGAACAACAUAUGCAACACUUUGAAUCGUACGCUCAUAUUAUACCACAAGUGAACGUAACAAUGUCGAAUAUUGCGUAUAUUAUUUUUACGUCAGGCUCAACAGGAGUUCCAAAACCGCUGGCAGCUCACUUUCAUGCACUAUUUUGUAUGCUUGCCGAAGAUGAUUAG